AAACUUGAAUAUCAUGAAAGAGGAUAAUAAUUGAACGAAGUUGGUAGAAUGUAAAUGAAAAAUGUUGAUCAAUUGAUUGACUUUUGUAUACUUUACAUUUUCAAACCUUUAUGUAGAUUUUCUACCGUUCACUGGAAACUUUAUUGAACGUUGUUACUGCAAAGUGAGUAGAGUUUUUUUUUAUUUUUCACCUACUCCCUUAUUAUCCUUAUCCCUUGCAUUUCUUAUUGUGAAACUAAAGCAAUACAUAGAAAAGUAUAUAAUGAUUUUUCCCUACGUUUGACCUUAUUAAUAAAUAGUAGAUUUAAUGUUGUUAUUUUGUCUGAAAACUGUGUUGAUAGGGAGAAUUAGGGGUGUCUGUCUUUUAUUUUUGCAUAUUAAAUAAAUGUGUAUUUAGAUAACAGCUAUUGGGAAAUAAGAUCAUGUUAAAUCUUAAAAUUCUAUAUUAUAUGUCUAUUUGAAUUGGAAUAAGACGCAUUAAAGUCUGCCGAACUGUCAGUUAUUAAUUGGAAAAUAAUAAACGCUUAUUAAAAUUGUAUAUUAGUUGCCCUUCCCUCCCAAUCCUAUAUUUUUCACUUUCUGUUCUAUUUCCCAACACCUAUUUACCACCCCUCUACCGCCCCUCUCUUGCUCGUUGUCGUUAACGUGUAAGUAAUGUUUUUAUAAGUCUAUAAAUUGACUUAAUAAAUCUUUAUUUCUUUUUUAUAAUAUUUAACCCUUAAGUCUUCGACUGUGCAAAGGUGGAAGUGCGUAAAAGAAAUUCUAAUAUCAUUGAGAUAGCAAUAUCUAGCUAGAAAAUAAGAAUAGGAAGAAUAGAUUAUAUUUACAGUAUUUCAUUAUACUGUUCAAGUAAAAAAAAAACUUCUAGAGAAGAGAGAAGAAGAGUGUGUUUGUUUGUAAACGAAGAGCAAUUACAAUUAAUUAUUUAUAAGUAGUGUCUAAGUUUGCUGAUAUUAUUGUUAAAAACAAUAAUAUAUACAUAUCUUGUAACUUAUAAUAUUUAAAUUAUAGCUAAGCAAUUGGAAUUUACGAAUGUUUAUCAAGUUCAGACGAAGUCAUAAAGCCGCUUUCGAGACGGAAGGAAAAGAAAAAUGAGUGAAAGUAAGAUCUCUUCAAGAAAAGUUAGCAUAGCUUCGACGACUCUUCAGAGGAAGAGGUCCAGUCUAAAGCAUAUUGCUCAAAGUGUUACAGCGAUGUUUGGUUUGAAACGAAUGUCUAGAGGAAUGUCUUUACAUAGAGUCAGCGAAAAGCCUUUAAUUAAAUUGGAGAAUACCUAUAAAACUGAACCUGACCAGAGAUUCCCUGUUACAAGAGCUCGCGAAGCUAUCUACACUCUUUUUGAACCUAUUCUUUGCGGAAAAAGAUACGAUCCCAGCGAGGCUCCUCGCCUAAUUUGCUCUUUGACGAAUAUGACCAAGAAUCGAAUGAAAGAUUUAGGAUAUGAUAGAUACAAGUAUGUCGUACAGAUUGCGUACGGUCAAGUGAAUGAUCAAGGCUUUCGAAUGGCCUCCAGAGCUUUAUGGAAUUCUCAGAGCGAUAAUUAUCUGACAGUUGAAUAUAAGAACGAUUCAAUUUUUCUCGUUUGUAUUGUUCAUGCUGUUUAUUUAGAUUGAUAAAAAGAAAAAUUUGUGUCAAAUCCUUUUCAAUUUUUCUCUUUUUCCCUUAAAUAUACCUUUCUCUUUUUUAUAUAUAUAUUUAAAAGAAUCGUAAAAAAUCACUCUUUAAAGUUGAAUACCUUUGAAUAAUAUGAUAUUUGCUAUAGCUGGGGGAAAGAAAGAAAGAAAGAGAGAGAGAGAGAGAGAGAGAGAGAGAAUAGUCCGUAUCAGUUACCAACCAAUAAGAUUACAGAUGGUGUACUUUCAACAAGAUUUUUUCAAUUAUCUUAAUAAAUAUAUACUGCAUACUAUAAAGUAUAUUUACAUUGUAACACCAUAAAAGUUUCUAUGCUAUGAGUAAAUUCUAGGAUAAGAUCAAAUGAAGAAAAAAAAGGAAACUUUAUAUUUUACUAGUUUUGAACACUCUGAAAAAGUAUCAUAGUCCUCUAUUUGAAUAAAGAUAAUAGACAAUUUCUUCUUAUCGUAUCUAAUAUAAAAGUAUUAUAAGGUGAAUUAAUGAAAGAAAAAUAAAACAACUGAAGAUGGCAUUACCAUAUUAUAAAAAUUAUAAGAAUAUUGACUAUCAU